GACACACACACACACACACGCACGAGCUCAGUGUGCGCACUCGCUUUUAAAGCACACACACACACACACACACACACUGAAACCCGUACAAGGUUCUGAAAAGGAAAUAAGAAUAACAAAAUGUCGCACAGGGUUGUUACGACGACCUCCACGACUACGACCACGACCACGUCGGAUGGAGGAUUUUUAAACGUCGGUUACUGUCGCUCGUUUCAAGGAUUAUUAAAACUUGCCCAAGUGCUGAGCCUGAUGAUCGCCUUCCUGUGUGUCCACUGCGCCCCCGGGUGGACGGACUACGACGCGUUCCGUUACUUCGAGGUGGUGACGCUCUGGUUCCUCUUCGCCUUCCUCAUCUUCUUCCUGAUGUACGUGUUCAGGCUGCAGUCGAAACUCCCCUGCAUUAACUGGACGCUGACGGAGUUUUUCCACUAUGCCUUGGGAACCCUGCUGGUCUUCAUCGCAUCCAUCGUAGCAGCGGUGAAGAGCUACAACCUCUCCGCUCUCAUAGCCGGAUCUGUUUUUGGCUUCAUUUCGACUUUCCUCAUGGCGAUCAGUUUAUGGACGUCAUACAAAGUCUCGUGCGGCUCGCAGCAAACUACUAUCGGUGUGUAACGCGACCUGAUCCACAGUCACAGGAAGGAACACGUGAUCAGCUGCUGUAUGGAGUGAUGAGAGUUCGGCCCCGCCCUGAACGCUGCAGUUUACACAAUUAGGACUCUUACUCUUUAACCCUCAACUCGUGGGCGUGGCCUGUCCAGCAUCGCAGCUCUCUCUGGUCAUGUAUAAAAAAAAAAGGAAGAUUUUUAAACGUCGCUCGCUGGUGUGAAGCAGAAUAAAGUGUUGAAAAAGUGAAGUGUUGAAAUGGAGAGAGAGCAUAAUGCAUCAGGACACACACAUCUGACCUGACGCUGAUGUCAUUCUGUUCAUCACUGCAACAUUAAAAUAUUAGAAUUCAUUCAUGUUAUAAAUCUGUUUAUACUUUAAAUUUGAUAUAAACAUUAUUAUUCUUAUUCACCGAAGCUUUAAGGUGGGAUCAAAUAUAGAAUUAUUGUUUUAAAGUUUUUUUUUAUUUCAUUUAUACCAAAAAGUGUUGAUGUAUUUAUUUUUAAGAUAGUUUUGUUUAAAUUUCGAGCGCUUUAGGUCACAGUGCUGGAUGUUUUGUGAACAUGACUGGGCAUUUAAAGUGAUAAAAAAGGCAAAACUAGCUAAUAAAUAAAUAUCAUACUGUG